AUGACGAGCACGACGUGCUCCCGGGCGACGCUCGCUGCGACGCGCGCGAGCGUCGCGCCGCGCGCGCGCCGCCGCCGAACCGCGAGCGUCCGCGGCGUCGGCGGGGUAACAAUAACGUGCGAGGCGGGAAAUCGCGAUCGCGACGUGGGCGGAACCGACGACGACGACGAGAUUCGCCGCCGAUCGGAGGGUCCGUCGCGCGCGUCGGCGUCCUCCUCCGUCUCCUCCUCCACCACCUCCUCCUCCUCCUCGCGUCGAUCGAUGCUCGCGUCGUCGUCCGCGCUCCUCCUCGCCAUCUCCGCGGCGUCGUCUCCGCGCGCGACCGCGCUCGCGGACGUCUCCACCGCGCUCCAUGGUCCGACGCUCGCGGAGGUGUCCCCGCCGCUCGGAUCGAACACCGCGCUCACCGCGCUCGAGCAAGGAACCGUGAACCUGUUUCAGCGCAGCACGCGCUCGGUCGUGAACGUCGUCGACCUCACGGUGUUGUCCGGACAAGCGAUGAAGAGCGGCGUCGUCGUCCCGGAAGGGAACGGCACCGGGAUCGUGUGGGAUGGAGACGGGCACGUCGUCACCAACUACCACGUCAUAGGGAGCAUCCUCGCGUCCGUGCCCAAGGGAAGGGUCGUGGGAGAGGUGGCGAAGGUCACGAUGCUCGGCCCGGACGGCAGGACGAAGACGUUCCCGGCGACGCUCGUCGGCGCGGAGCGAAGCAAAGACCUCGCGGUGCUGAAGGUGAACGCGCCGAAAGAAUACGUGACGCCCGUCGUCGUCGGGACGUCGGCGGACGCGCGCGUCGGGCAGGCUGUCUUCGCGAUCGGGAACCCGUUCGGAUUCGAUCACACGCUCACGACCGGGGUCAUAUCCGGCCUGAACCGCACGAUUCAAUCGCAGGCGGGGAGCUUGAUAUCCGGCGGGAUUCAGGCGCGUUCGUAUUUACGCCGGUCCCCGUACGACCGCGUCGGCGCGGUGAACGCCGAUCUUCAAGGACUUUUCUUCCCGGCGGUCGUCUCUCUCCGCCCACCCCUCGGUUUCAAUCUCGACCCACCUCGACGCCUUUCAACUCCGCUUCUGACGCCUUUCAACUCCACCCCGAUAUCAUCGCUCGUACGGACCCUCGAUCACCCUCAGACGGACGCGGCGAUCAACCCCGGGAACAGCGGCGGCGCGUUGCUCGACAGCGACGGUCGCCUCGUCGGCGUCAACACCGCCAUCUUCACCAACACCGGCGUCAGCGCGGGCGUCGGAUUCGCCAUCCCCGUCGACCUCGUGAUGCGCGUCGUCCCGCAGCUGAUCGCGAACGGGAGCGUGACGCUGCCGAGCCUCAACGUCGUCGCCGCGGAUCCCAACGUCGGGAAGCAGCUCGGCGUGCGCGCGCAGGGGGUCUUGGUUCAGGCGGUGCCGGAGAAGUCGGCCGCCGCCGCCGCGGGGUUGCGCGCGACGCGACGCGGGCUCGGCGGGAUCGUCGCGGGCGAUCUGAUCAUAAUGGCGGACGGGCGACGCGUCGCCACGGAGGGCGAUUUGGUCGCCGCGGUGGAGGCGCACCAAGUCGGCGAGGCGAUCGAGCUCGUCGUCCGACGGGGCGAGGGCGGGGAGGAAAAGGACGUCGAGGAGGUCAAGAUGAGCGUCGUGCUCGAGGCGGCGGCGGCGGCGCGGUGAGUGAGGCGAUUGAGGCGAUCGUGGGUGGUGAGGUCCUGUGCGGCCUGGAUGACGACGGGAGGGACCCUCCCUCCGUCGCGUCGGGUCGUUCGCGUCGACCGACGCGUUUUGUUCGUCGUGAUUUAUUUUUAAACGACGCGACGCGUCAGCG